AUGAAGGGUAGGGAUGAAGAAGUGCCGAAAACAGAAAGUGACACUGCUUCCAGAUUCCUCUCUGUUGGAUCACUCAAAUGCCAGUUCAAUGAUCUCACUACCGGAGCCUGCCUCAUGCGCACAGUCUGGAUCUUUGUCAUUUGGCGCGAAAACAGAUGUCGUUGUGCAGUAUGGUAUGCCCAACCUCGUACGUCCAUCAUUGCGUGA